AUGGGCGCCGGAAUCACGCACAGUUUGCAUCAUCUCGCAUCCUUGCGGCGGUCCGAGAGUGAAAUCUGGGGUUGCCAACUCGUCUGUGCUCUUGCGGAAUGA